UAAUCAAAAAGUGAUCUUAAUGUCUCCACCAUCCUUCCUUCUUCCCUCUUUGAUUUGACGUCGGAAAAGAAAGCCACCAGACAUGGCUUUAACCCUUUCUCUAAGCUCUCAUACUCCUCCUUGCUAACAAGUCAUAGUUCCUUCCAUCUUCUCUAGCAAACUCAUCUUCAACUUCUCUGAUGGAAGACUUCUCUCUCUUGGGAGCUGCUUGCAGCUCCAGAGAAGGAGGAGGAGGACAUGGACAUGGACAAGGACAUGGACAUGGGUUCAUGUAUGCUAUUCCUUCUUCUACAUCCACAGCCACAGUUGCACCAGGACUCAUGCAACCACCACUACAACCACCAAACCCUAAUCCUCUCUUCAAAGAUGAAGCACUUUCUCAUCCUCAAACCAUCAUCCAUGGUGACCCCAUCAAAGCCAGGAUCAUCUCUCAUCCUCAGUACUCUGCUCUUCUCUCAGCUUACUUAGAUUGCCAGAAGGUCGGAGCACCGCCGGAGGUGGCGGCGAGGAUCACGGUGGCCGCCAGAGAGCUUGAAGAACGCCAGAGAGCCACCACUGCUGCCACUUGUCGCCGUGAUGAGCCACUCUCUGACCCUGAGCUUGAUCAGUUCAUGGAAGCAUACUGUGAUAUGUUAGUGAAGUACCGUGAAGAGUUAACAAGGCCAAUUCAAGAAGCCAUGGAUUUCUUGAAAAGGAUUGAGUCUCAACUCAACUCCAUCUCUAAUGGUGCUGCAACUCGCUUCCUCUCAAAUGAUGAUAAAUACGACGGAGUUGGUUCAUCUGAAGAAGAGCAAGAUGCAAGCGGAGGAGAAGCAGAGCAUCCAGAGAUCGAUCCACGAGCCGAGGAGAAAGAACUAAAGCAUCAUCUUCUUCGGAAAUACAGUGGAUACUUGAGCAGUCUCCGGCAAGAAUUGUCGAAAAAGAAGAAGAAAGGGAAGCUCCCAAAAGAAGCCAGACAGAAACUACUCAACUGGUGGGAAUUGCACUAUAAAUGGCCAUAUCCAUCGGAGUCGGAAAAAGUCGCAUUGGCUGAUUCUACAGGUCUUGAUCAGAAGCAAAUUAACAAUUGGUUCAUCAAUCAAAGAAAAAGACAUUGGAAGCCAUCGGAAGACAUGCAAUUCGUCGUCAUGGAUGGUUAUCAUGCACAGAAUGCAGCUGCAUUUUACAUGGAUGGACCAUUCAUGGCUGAUCACGGAUUGUAUCGACUUGGCCCGUGACCGGUAAAAUCCGGAGUGUUUAGCAUAUGGUUUGAUCGAAUGUUGAAUUCACAACUAAAAGUUGGUAUGUUUACAGACACUCAUAAGCCCUUUUUUUAUCUUCUGUUUUGUCUAAUUGUAAGUAGAAGUAUCAUGAUGGCAUUUUUAUUUAUC